AUGUCGACGACGCUCGAGGCGACGCUGGGCAGCUCCUCGCUACUAUACGCCUACGCGAUCCCACUCCUGCUCGCGUCUCUCGUUACCGUCUUCGCCGGCACCUUCCUCACGCUCCACCGUUCUCGCAGCUUCGCGCCCAGGCACGACGCGCUCGCUCUUUCGCCCAUCAAGUCCAGAAAGCUCAAGUUCUACCUUGAGGGAGGUAUCGGUGGUACAUUAGUCGGUUACGCGUUCGGUCUCCACUUAUCUACUUUCCUCGCGCUGCUCAUUCCAAACGUGACUUCUCAAUCUGCUCUCUCUUCAAAGGCUUUCAUUGCUGUCUGGCUGCUAUCUUGUAUCCUUACUUCUCUUCUCGCUGCGCGUUUCGAAUACGCAGCCCUCUCCCUCGCCGCGAUCACCGGCGGUACCUCGCUCGCACUCGCCUUCGGCAUCACGAUCCACCCACCUCUUCUGGCGCGACAAGUCUUUCCCGCGCUCUUCAUCACGCUUCUCCUCGUCGCCGUCCUUCUCCCCACUCGCGUACGCGAAGCCGCCCUGCGCACAAGUACCACAGCCACAGGCGCUUUCGGCUUCGCCCUCUCCGUCGCUCUACUCGCCUCUCAGCCCUCGUGGGGCAGCCCUUGGUCCCGCCUCUGGACCUCGACGAACAUCGUGUGGGGCACUCCAUCCGAGCAAGGUCUCAGCGCGGGCUUUUGGCUCAUCCUUAUACUCGGCGCUGCGUCUGACUGGGCACUGAAACGCCGCUUCGGCUCCUGCCCAGACGAAGCCUGGGACUCCUAUCUGGCCGACUACAGCACCGCCCUUCCGAACGCCAACGACCGCGCCGGAACGUUCAUCCCCGAUACACGCUCGGUUUGGGAGAAGCUCGCGCAUCCGUUUGCCACGGGUCCAACGCCGUUUGCGAUGGUCGCGCCAGGACCCGGAACACCACCACCCGCGUACUCCGGCGGACUCGGCACUAGUCCGCUCGAGAAGGAUCCGUUCGAGUUUGCUACGCCGCCUCGGCUGCUUCGAAAGGAGAGCGAACGACCCAUGGCGCGCUUGCGUGCUCUCGCGCAAGCCGAGAGCGGACGCACGAAACGAAGCGCGGUCAAGUUCCGCCCCAUAAACGGCGACGACUUGUCAGACGACGAAGACGACGACCCUCUCUUCCCGCCCAAGCCCGCUCGUACAGCCACGGAUACCGGCUCAGCGGAGAGCAAGACGCUCGCAUGCUCAGAUAACGGGUUGGACGCGCUCAGCGAGGAACCCGAACUCCACUACGACGCCGAGCGCGCGAAGCUGUUCGGUGUGAGAAAGAGGGCCGCGGGAGACGCUGAGAGCGAUGCGCCGGAUUACAGCGAUGUCGAGGAGGACGUGGCGUCUAUGCUCAAGAAGCCCGCACCACCACGCGGCGGCGAGGGAUGGAGACCGCCAUUCAUCGCCCGUGCGGCUUCGUCGUCUACUGCGUCAAUAUCAGACAGCGCGACGCUCACGACACCGCCUCUCACUCGCGUACCGCGAUCUCCUGCCGCACCGCCUCCAGCGUCACAACAGGCUAACGCGAACGGGCUUCUACCUCCACCCGGCGCGGUACCGCUCACGCCGAGCUUGAUAAACGCGAUCGACCGCAUCGCCGUCGCGCAACAUGAAGCCUUCGGUGCGGGUGCCACUGGCGCUCCGAGCGCGCCAACCGGUAUGCCUGCGAACAGCGAGCGAAGGGGCGAACAUUGGGAGUCUUUCUGGAAGGAUGUUACGGAGAAGGCGGGACGCAGGCGAUGA